UAUUUUGAAACGAUGAGUCAGCGCUGAUGCCACGGGGGAAUACCAGAGUCAGAACAGAAAGUAUUUCUUGAUCUGCACAUGACUUUAGCCUCGUUUGUCGUGUUGGUGUUCACUAACAUCGAUUUUGCUCGCUGGUCUCUGAUAAAAUGCUCCCCAAAGUGAUUUCUGUAUUUGGAUUAUUUUCCAGUCUCGUGGUUGCGGGCGAUGCGACUCUCGUGCGUGAUGUUAACACCACCAUCUCUGACUCGGCAGUCCUCGAAUGUAGCAUACAGGAUAGAGCUAUCACGGACUGGAAGAGUCUCCGAUUUUAUUGGCAAGACGAUAGAAAUGUGGUUUUGUACUCCUAUAAUAACGGAAGAAAGGUGGCAGAGCAUGUAAAUGAGCUCUAUCAACACAGAGUCACAGACUUCCCUCAGGACAUAGUCAGAGGGAAUAUCACCAUCGUACUCAACAACCUGACUCUUGAUGAUAAUGGAAGAACGUACUCAUCAUUUGCAGCAGUGCUGGACGACAGCGGGACGAGGCGAUACCACCUGGAACACACACAAAUCUGUGAAAUGACUUUACAUGUAGCUGUGCCUUACCGGGAGCCCAGGCUGGAUGUUAAUACAGAGACUAUGUCUGCAGUGUGCAGUCUGCAAGGAGGAUUUCCUGCCCCUGACAUACAGUGGGUCCUCCUCCUUAACAGCUCCCAUCAGUCAGUAGAGUCCAGGAACGUCAACACUGAAACGAAGCAGAACGUCCACGAUCACCUGUACAGCUCCCGCAGCACCCUGCGCAUCCCUGCAGGUCGUCACGAGGCCGUGAGCUGUCUCAGCCACAACCCCACCCUGAACAGGACUGUGAAGGUCACCCACAACUUCAACACAGCAGGUGCAGCAGCGAGGAGCUCACCUGCAGCCCUAACUGUAUAUCUGAUAGCAGCUGCUGUUGUUCUUCUAACAGCCGUGCAGUGAGCAAAGCCACCUGAGGUAGACUGAUGCAGCGUUUCGGUGGUGGAGGGGUGAAACAGUGUGCCAUGGAGACACUUCAGCGUGUUGUAUGUUGCACCUUACCUGUGCGUGAUGUUGAGAGUGUGCACCCUCUGAAUCUGGGUUUCAUGGGUCCUGCUGGGUGACACUAAGCUGGUGCUUAAAACAAAACUUGAAGCUAUAUCUGCUCAGGCUGGAGUAUUAAACCCACCAAAGAUCAGACCAGUUACUGGACCAUCAAACAUGGCGUCAUGCUGGGCGCCUGUUUAACUGAAUGUCUAUGUUAUAUAA